AUGGCAAUCAUAAGAGAAGACGACGAGGACGACGACGACGACGAGAACAAUGAUAACAGUGCUGAAGGUAGUACUAAUAAAAUAGCGGACGAGUUGGAAACCAUCGCGAUGGAGCAAAAGCAAUCGAAACAAGCAGAGCUUCUGAGAGAAUUGGAAGAGGAGUUGUUGAAACGGGAAAACGUCUCUCAAACGCACUCGUUGGAGGAAGAGGAACAAUCGAAACAGUUUAGGAUUCAGAUGGCAAAAUUAGCCGCGCAAGGGAACAUGGGAUUGAGCAAAGACAAAGGUGGGGAGAUGAGCGCGUUAUCACCGGAGGAGUGCGGAGGAACGACGGAGAAGUAUUCGUGGACGCAAACAGAAACGGAGAUUAGUAUUCACAUUCCGCUGGAGUCGUUCGAAGUGAAAGGGAAGGAGUGUAAAAUCGAGAUCAAACGGAAGACUUUGGACGCGAAGAUACGAGAUGCGAUUGUUUUUAGCGAAGGAACGAAGAACAACAGACUCUUUGCGGACGUGAACGUGGACGAGAGCACGUGGGAAAUCGACUCGGAUGAAAAGUUAAAAACAAAGACGCUGACGGUGACGCUCGCGAAAGCGAAGAGGACGAUGGCGAAUAAGCACUGGUCGUACGUCUGUGAAAAUGAACCAAAGAUUGACGUGGAGAGAUUCGGACCACCAGUGGUUGGAGUGAAUGAGAGGAAUCCGAUGGAUAUGGAGUUAAUGGGUCAGAUGUUUGAGCAAAUGAAAACUUCGUCCGAGGCGGCGUAA